CGCUGCGAUAGCAAGUGCGGCGCUCUGAGGUCUGGCCACGCGUCUCGGCUGUCGUCGCGAUCCUCCGUCACGGUUAUCGCCUCGCCCUCUUCACCCCGCGCUCACGCAAACUAGUCAUCGCCAUCAUAACCCUUUUUAUUUAAUUCUCAUAAUUUUUUAUUUCCUGUUAUUAAUUGAUAAAAACAAAAAUUAAGGCAAGGUUUACAGUUUCGCAACGUCUGCAAGGGACUCAUCAAAAUGACAAUUCUACCCGGAAGAGGUGCUACGUGAUAUUGUUUUUAAUUUAAUUUUUUUUCCUGAUGAGUUAAAAGACAAGAACAUGUUUUCCUCGAUCGUGUUGCAGCUGUAGUAAUAAAAAUAAAACUGUUCUCGGGACUUUUUUUUUUUUUGGUUGAAUCUAAUCGCAAGAUAAAGGCUGUCUGUGGGUGAGUGCAGGGUAUCUUUACUGCUGUAUUAUUGGCUGCUCGGCGGCGAGAGAGGCGUUUAAAGUGUCGUAAAAGAUUGUUUUCGCUCCGUCUCUCUCGCGCUGUCUCGGCGGGAGCGGGUUAUAGCGUCGUAAAAGCCGGCGGGCGAGCGAGAAGCGAAGGGAAGGAAGGACUGCGGAUGGGGUAGCCCCGCGCAGUGACUGAGUGCUCGGGACAGUCGGACAGGCGCGAGCUCCGAGAUGAACUCGUACUUCGAGCAGAGCGGCUUCUACGGCGGGCACCACCACCAGGGCGCGGCGGCGGCCACGCACCACCACGACCAGGCCUACCGCUUCCCGCUGGGCCUGGGCAUGUCGCCCUACGCCUCGUCGCAGCACCACCACCACUCGCUGCACCAGGCCCGCCCGCCGCAGGACUCGCCCUACGACGCCUCGGUGGCGGCCGCCUGCAAGCUCUACUCGUCCUCGGGCGUCGACAACCAGGGCGGCGCCGCGCCCGGGGGCGGCUACGGCAAGCCCGACUGCUCCAAGACGCCCGACCAGCAGAACGGCUACGCCGCCGCCGCCGCCGCCGCCGUGAAGGAGGCGUGGCCCAACGGCGCCGGGGGCGGCGGCGGCCCCGUGGUGCGGCCCGCCGCCUGCACGCCCGACUCGCGCGUCGCCGGCUACGGCGCCGCCUCCGUGGGGCUGGUGGGCGGCGACCCGGCGUCCAGCCCGGGCGCGCCGGCGGCGGCGGGGGGCAGGACCACGGCGGCGGCGCUGGCCUCGUGGAACACGUGCUCGCUCAACUCCGCGCCCAGCCAGCCGCCCGUGGCCACGCAGCUGCACCAGCAGCCCGCCAACCACACCUUCUACCCGUGGAUGGCCAUAGCAGGCGCCAACGGCCUGCGGAGGAGAGGCCGCCAGACCUACACGCGCUACCAGACGCUGGAGCUGGAGAAGGAGUUCCACACGAACCACUACCUGACGCGGCGGCGGCGCAUCGAGAUGGCGCACGCGCUCUGCCUCACGGAGCGCCAGAUCAAGAUCUGGUUCCAGAACCGCCGCAUGAAGCUGAAGAAGGAGAUCCAGGCGAUCAAGGAGCUCAACGAGCAGGAGAAGCAGGCGCAGGCGCAGAAGGCGGCGGCUGCGGCGGCGGCGGCGGCGGCGCAGCAGCAGCAGGCCGAGUAGGACAGGGCGUCCGGCUACCUGCAGCAUGGCGGCGACAAGACGCCGCCCCUGCCGGAAGAGCGCGACUUCGGCGCGGACGCCGGCCGCCCCCAGCCGCCCCCGGACGCUAUCGCCGCCGCCUGGAGGAGAGACUUUGCCCUCGACGCCAGCUCGUGGAACUGGAAUUACUAUUAGCGGAGGAAGGUCUUAGGCCCAGCGCACGCGAGACAUAACCGCCCUGCCAGCCUGCUCGGAGAACCCUCCGUGCGACGAAAAAAACAAUCCAACCAAAUUUCACGUAUUUCGCUAAUUUUGCUAAUAAAAUACAUUACACGUUGUCUACUACAAAUAAAUUGACGUUGAUACAUAAAAAGUGCAAAAAAGUAUUUAUAAGUUUUUUUUAAUCUCUAAAAACUUACAAAACUUAUAAACAUUAAUUUUUUUAUUAAUUCUUAUUCACCAUUGUUUUAAUAUUAUUAUUAAAAUUUGAAGCUUUUAAUUGGUGCAUUUAUUAACGCCUUUUGGAUGUCAUAGAAAAUAACCCACCCCCAGGGAGUAAUCAUAUAAAGCUUACGACUAAAUACUUACGAGCUCAGAUUUUUCUUUGCUGGUAAGCGACAGUAAAAAAAUUAUCACCUCAUUUUUGCACUCAAACUUAAUUGGCAGCAUGUACUUAUGUUCGUAUACAACUGCCAGUUAUCUCGUGAUGUAACUCGCAUGGCUGCAUGUGUAGCCUUCUAACUUAAUUGCGGAAUAAAGAGAACAACUAUGUCUCGUGUGCGCUAGAUGCUCCCUAAUUCCGACCACAAAACUGUCUCGUCUGGCGAAGAAACAAGCGUCUCGUCGUCUCUGAAGUCGCGACGGCAGCAAAUCUCAGAAGCAAACACUGCAGGUCCGAAUCAUGAACAACAUAUAUAUUUUUUUGUCAGUGCGAAGUGUGCGUGUGAAAAGUGUGGGACAGCGGAACAACGUGUUAAGUGACCGAAUGUCUCGGCGACGCCUACUUAAAAUUAUUCUCACUGCAAACUCAGAACAGCAUAUUUAUUUUUCCUGUAUUCGGUUUAUGUGUUGGACCCGAAAUAUAACAUGGAACAUGAACUAUAUUUGAUAAGCAUUCUCAUCAUUGAUGUGCAUAGUACGAUUAUAGUGAAUAAAAAUAUUAUUGAUGAAACUGUGGCAUAUAUAUUUUUUGGGAGUAUUUGUGCGUAUGGUUAUUUGUGUGAAUAUAGGUUGUAUGUUUAAAUUAAAAGUAGUCCUAUGUACGAGCAACGUGUUAACGUCUUUGUUUUAUGGAGUGCGUUGUAAAUUAUUAUUGCACUUUUUAAGGUACAAAAUGGCGGUAGUGUUAUAAGAGUACUGAAAAAACACAUAAGUUGAAUAAUGCAAUCAUAUUUAUGUCUGACUGCGACAGUGUUUAAAAAAUGUGAGGGCACACUGAAAUGAAGUUCCAAAUAAUUAUGAGCGCUUGUUAUUUGUACUCGGUGUUCAUCAUCUCUGCUAAAAACACUUAAAAAAUCUAUUUUAUCCUUAUAUAUGUUUGUAUUGUAUUUUAUUGGUUACAUUUGAUAAACAUACCUUACAUUAAUAUAGUUUUGAACUUUAAUCGCUGUUGUUUGAAUGCCGUGAUUUAAAUAUCUGUUGAGAUUAUUUUGAUGUUUGACGUCCACGAAUGCACUUGUUUUUAGUUUUUUCAUUAAAAAUAUAAUUCACUUUAAUUUUAUGUAACAUCAUUUGGUAACUUAAGAAUGGUGAUUUUUUUUUUUGGAGAUGAUAUACAAGUCAUGAGAAAACAUAGUGACAUGUCUGUCUAAAUUUUAGGAUGAUAUUCCGUCGUACAGUGUAAUGAAUUAGACAAACGAGAUUUUUUGAUGAAAACGAUAUACGUAAAAUAGUUCAAUCACUAGAAUAAACCAUUCAGUAGGUUGUAAGCGUUUUGGAAAAAUUUUGUUUCUAACAAAUGAUGUAUGGCUCAUGAGUAAGAUAAUGCAUGCCGCUUUGGCUGUUGAAUUGUUCUUGUAUACGUCAAAAAAAUUGCCAGUGUAAGUGCAUGACUCUAGUUUAAUUACAUAGUAUACGUAAAGCAGGCAAGCCAUGCCUCAGUGAUGUUAAAUGUAUUAAAUUUUUUUGAAGUUUGGUACCUUAUAUUUUUUAAAUCUUUUUUAAUUUGUAGAUUAGAGGAAAUUGUUUAAUGUUGUUGAUUUUUGUAUUAAUUUUGUUUUCUUCCAUUUUGCUCAAAUAUAAAUAAAAAUCUUUGUGCUUACAUACCAGUAUGUGUAAACGUACAUGUAUGUGUGACUGUAAUUUAUUUCAAUAAAAGUCAUUAGUUUUAAAAUAACAUAUAUUUUUUUGUAAUGUAGGUACCUCUUUUGUUCA